CGGUAAAUUCUUCACGCGCUUCCUCUUCUCCACCAUUUUAACCUCCAUCCUCCUCCGAUAUCCACCGACGUCGUCUACAUACAUAUACAAGUGGCGUCGACGGAGGUGGUGGCAGCGGCCAUAUGGACGGUGGCUGGAGCUCGCCGGCAGGAAACAAGAGGAGGGUGAUGGUACUCACCGACUCACGCCGCGAGUCUAACGGCGCGCUCGAAUGGACCCUCCACCACGCCUUGCUGGAGCACGACGAGUUGAUUCUCCUCCAUCUCGAGCCCACCGUGGGGAGCGCAACGCCGCGUCGCUCAUCCUCGUCCCCGUCCAUGAUUUCUUCCUUCCUCUGCAGGCCAUCCUCAGCGGUUUCGCCCAUCGGGGCCGAGAAUGGAGAGGGCAAGGCCGAGCUCAACUUCUUGCACGCAAUGAGGGCCAAGUGCGAGGCGGAGCAGCCGAAGGUGAAGGUACUGAUCCAGAGGGCGGAGAUUGAAGGAAAUGACAAGGCGGCCACCAUCCUUGCGCAGGCCAAGUUGCUCCUCGUUGACCUUCUUGUCGUCGGUCAACGUCGGAGCUCCGCCAUCUUGUGCGGGUGCAGGAUAGGUGGAAGCAUCUCGAGCAAAGGGACAAGCAUUGCAGAAUUCCUGAUCGAGAACAGUGAGUGCCUUUGCGUAGGCGUUCAGAAGAAGGGGCAAAAUGGUGGCUAUCUCCUCAACACUAGGACUCACAAAAAUUUCUGGCUUCUUGCUUAGAUUUAGUGGACGUGUAGUAACUCCAUUCUUAAUGCCUUACAUGGGAGACGAACGAUUUGCUUAUUCUGAGGGAUCGUAUGGCCAUUCGCAAAGCAAGAAGCAGUUGUUAUUCGCAGGCAAGGAACAGGAAACCAAUCACUUGAGCUGUAAUUUAACCAUGCACAGUGCCAAUGUAUCUUAUAAACAUAUUUCCCCCUUUUUCUUUAAUAUAUAAGGCAUUACUGUAAGCUUGAGAUAAUAUUGUAGACCAUUUGGUGAUCUGUCGGAGUAAUCAGACAUAGCUUACGGAUGUUCAGGGUACCAUUGUAGAUGAGAACUGACAUUUUCUGUGUUUUCAAGAUGCAAGUUGGUACUUUUUUUUUUGUUAAUCCAGCUAUCAGUUAUUCA